UUGGGGAGCUGCUGGCUCGGAGCUGGGCUCCCCGCUUUGACUGCAGCCCUGACUGCAGCAAGGGACGGGGAUGGUUUGCUUCAAAGACUUUGCGCUGCAGCUUGUUCAGCUGGUGAUGCUGGGGAGAAGGGAUUAACCCUGACACUGCUGCGAGCGUGUGGCUGCAGACGGCGGCUUCGGGUGCCAGAAACACAGAAUUAACGUGUUAACUCGCUGGUACGCUCUAGCAGAGCAAAUUUUCUCCCUCUCCCCUUCUUUCCCCCCUCCCAUAAUUAGCCCAUUUUAACAUGGAUUUUUUCCCCUCUAUAAGGGAUCGCUUAUUUGCUUAGCGAUGCUGGCAGCUAUUUUUACGGGCAGCAUCUGCCUGAAGCGCCUGCCUCCCCUCUGAGCACAAAGGAGGCCCGCAGGCUCCUGACAGGGGGAUCCCAGGAGCUGCUGCAGAGCUGGGACUGCGCCGCCCCCCAAACCCGCCGCCAGCCCCAGCGCUCGGCACACUGCGAUGGGUGGGAUGUAGGAAACCGCUGCACCUGGGCAAAGGAGAACUGAUGGAUAUUGCUGGUCCUUAGAGACUCGCUGGCGAGUCCAUGGUUCUUCAGCCGGCACGGUUGCCUGUUCAGCAGUUCGUGGUCCAGCGGGUGUCGGAGCCAGCGCUUGCAGCAUGCCUGCGUUGAUUUAAAACCGGCAACCAGAAGCAAGCUCGCAUCAAGGCGGAGCGGCGGCUGCUGCUGACGGUUCAUCAUGAAGGAACAGCUUUAUGUUUCUGAAAGCACCUGACUGGAUGGAUGCUUUUGUCUAAGCAGCAGCAAAUAUUGCAAGGGGAGAUCCGAGAGUGAGCUGAAAUCUGCUCUUGCGAUUGCGUUGGCAACUUCGGGGCUUCUUUCCUCCUGGCAUCACAGGGACACAGUCCAGCUCUCCCGGAGACCUCCGCUGCCUCGGCUCCUUCUGUGAGUUCAGGGCUGGCAGGUUUCCUGGGCAGCGUUAGGGACCGAGCCCUGUGCUGCUGGGCAGCCUGCAGCCCUCGUCAGGGCUCUGGCUGCGACCUGGACGGUGACUAAAGGCGUAUUGAGGGCACGAUGCAAGUGUCCAUCGCCUGCACAGAGCACAACUUGAAGAGUCGAAAUGGUGAAGACAGACUCAUCAGCAAGCAGAACACCACUACCCCGAACGUAGUGAAUGCAGCCCGGGCAAAAUUCCGGACAGUGGCUAUUAUUGCUCGCAGUUUGGGGACAUUUACCCCGCAGCACCACAUUUCAUUAAAAGAAUCCACCGCAAAGCAAACGGGCAUGAAAUAUAGAAACCUUGGAAAAUCUGGACUGAGAGUCUCGUGCCUCGGACUGGGGACAUGGGUCACUUUUGGAGGUCAAAUCUCAGACGAGGUGGCAGAGCAGCUGAUGACCAUCGCCUACGAGAGUGGAGUCAACCUGUUCGACACGGCCGAGGUGUAUGCAGCCGGCAAGGCUGAGGUCAUCCUGGGGAACAUACUGAAGAAGAAAGGCUGGAGGAGGUCCAGUCUGGUCAUAACAACAAAACUGUACUGGGGUGGAAAAGCUGAGACGGAAAGAGGGCUUUCAAGGAAACACAUCAUUGAAGGGCUGAAGGCUUCUCUGCAGAGGCUGCAGCUGGAGUACGUGGAUGUUGUCUUCGCCAAUCGGCCAGACAAUAAUACCCCCAUGGAAGAAAUUGUCCGAGCGAUGACACAUGUAAUAAAUCAAGGCAUGGCGAUGUACUGGGGAACGUCUCGCUGGAGUGCUAUGGAGAUCAUGGAAGCCUACUCUGUAGCCAGGCAGUUCAACAUGAUACCACCCGUGUGUGAACAAGCUGAAUACCACCUUUUCCAAAGAGAGAAAGUUGAAGUUCAGCUGCCGGAAUUAUAUCAUAAAAUAGGGGUUGGAGCCAUGACGUGGUCUCCCCUAGCCUGUGGGAUCAUCUCAGGGAAAUACGGCAACGGGGUCCCUGAAAGCUCAAGGGCUGCUCUAAAGUGCUACCAGUGGCUGAAAGAGAAAAUCAUCAGUGAGGAAGGCAGAAAGCAGCAAGGGAAGCUGAAAGACCUGUCGCCCAUUGCUGAACGCCUCGGGUGCACACUGCCUCAGCUGGCUGUCGCCUGGUGCCUGAGAAACGAGGGGGUGAGCUCCGUCCUUUUAGGAUCCUCCAACCCAGAGCAGCUGAUAGAAAACCUUGGAGCCAUACAGGUCCUUCCAAAGAUGACAUCCCAUAUUGUAAACGAAAUAGAUAAUAUUCUGGGAAAUAAGCCCUACAGCAAGAAGGACUACAGAUCAUAAUGCAAUGCAUGAAUUACCUGGACUGCAUGGUUUAAAUCGUGCUCUGUACAGAAGUACAGCCCCGAGUUAAUAUCCGGUCAUGAGAAUCAUUCAGCAGCUUGCUGCUCGGUGUCUACUGUCACUGGGUCCUUCAAGAUGUGUGCUGUUGCUACUAAUCUGCAGUGAAAUUUAAAAGCACAGUUGAUCUCUCUUUUAAACAAGAAUAAUCUUGUAUUUUCUUACCUUCAACUGAAUUCAUUAAUUUUUACUUUACUCUUAGCACCUCAUGCUUGUGCUGUGAAAAACACAUGUAAAGCAAAAAAUAAUUUCUAACCUUCAGGUACUUGGUAACUAAAGAAGGAUGUACAGAUCUAUUUUUUCAAUGAAGAAAAGCCAGAUACAACUUAAGGUUUUAAUAAAACCCCAUUUGGGAAAUCUCAACUAUAGCGUUUCUUCAGGUUAACAGAAAGAAGGGGCAAGCUCAAUUUUCCUUUUUUAUGCUGAAUAUAUGCUUCAGAUUUUGUUUGCAGUUGAAUAAGAGGCUUAGUUAGAAAUCAGAUAGCUCAGCUCUUAACUAUACAAUUAUUUCAGCUGCAGUGUGCUCCUGGGAAGUAUUUCUGAGUACAAGCCAGAAGAGCACAGUUGGAAAACCCAAAUACGCAUGUCAGGGUAAUAAAAACCAAUGGCUGUUUACAAAAAUUCUAAUUCUACAUAAACCAGGAAAGCCAUGAAUAAAACAUUGGGGUUUCCAUCUAUAGAAAUCUGCCUCUACUGCUGCCUGCUCAUAGACAGAGCUAUUGCAAAUCUCAGUAUUCCUGAGCUGCUAAGGAUGUAGAUACUUAUAUAUAAUAUUUAGCUGCUGAAAAAUACCAGAAAAUAAUCAGGUACGUAUUUUGGUGGAAGGUCACAUUUGCUUUAACUUGUUCUGGAUUUGGACAUAAGUAAAUGCUCAGUAUUUUUAAAACACAUUUUAAGCAGGUAGGGUUUUUUUUGUGAGCACUUCAUCCCUUUACAGCAGUUGAUAGAAAGCACAUCUAUGUGUUAAUUUGCCCAUCUCAAGAACCGUGUCAUGUUUUUGCUUUGUAAAACGCACCUAUGAUUUUAGUAAACAUUUCUUACUGGUACUGAACGUAUACUUGGGCCUGUGCUUCCCAGGAGCACAGCUCUGCGCUGUAUUUAUAGGAUUCUUGUAUCCAGUCCUCUCAACUCCAGAACAUCUGCAGAGCGUUCAGUGGGCCACAUUAAGAGAUACCAACACUUGAGUUGUCUUCUCCUGUAUUUAAUCCAACGACCUAUGGUAUGUGUAAAUGAACUUAGCUGCUGUAUAUUCAGAACUGCAGUCUGACUUUGACUUCUGCUUGGAGACAAUAAAAGCAUUUCGUGCAUCUGAUUUUAUACUUACAGACCUGUUACUAACAGUGAGACUGAUUUUGAAACAGCAAAGGUUUACGUUGAAGAUGGGUGAGUAUUGUUCCACGAGAGAACACUGAUCUUCAGCUGUACCCAUGUCGGUAAGGACCAGCGGAGUGGGUACAGCUGAGGAGCGAAGGGUGGGCUGGGCUGGCUGCGUAUCUCGGAGCAGGUACCUUCAGAAAUGAGCAUCCUAAGGCAGACAAUAGUCGUAUACAACAUUUCAGCUCAAAAUAAACCACCCUCCUGCAGCCCAGCUGCUGGUGGAGCUCAGCUAGCCAAGGGCAGCCUGUCGCUGCAGCACUGCUCACCCGGCAUCGCCUCCACAGGCCUGCACAGCUUUGCAGUGUAAGUGGUGCAAAUUAAAUAUUUAAGUACUUAAUCUGCCUCACGAGCAGCACAAAGGCUUUUUGAUCAUUACACAGUUAACAGCUUUAUUAUUUUAAUAGCAUUUUUUUUUUGCAGUAGCAGACUAGUUCCUUUUCUUACCUCUGGAGGUACAAUUUAAGGUUCUCACUUCCCCAUCUCUGAUACGUGGGAAUCCAACAAUGUAUUACAAAAUACAUUAAUUGCCAACCUUUUUUUUUUUUCUUUUAAUUGAAAAUCAGACGGCAUUAUUUAGAGCAAAAGCUUAAACAUUAGUUUGCCUAACGCCCUGAGGGCAAUCAGAUGCCAAGCAGCAGCUUAGCUUUAAGCUAAGCUUUAAGAAACUGGGUCCAGCUUCCAGCAGGGAGAGCAAGGGGUAAAAAUGAACAGCAAACCAACCUCAAAAGCAAGCAAAAAUCAAAAGCCAAUUCCAAGCACUUUUCUGUGAAGAAGUCCACAGAAAAGAUUAGGCUUGCUGUAGAAAACCAACCAACCAACCAACCUACUUGCUUUUGUUUCUGGCUGUCAGUGCUGCAAAGCUCUCUCUGCAGAAAAAUUCUGACACGCGCUAUGCUGCAGGCCUUGGCAGCUGUCAAUAUCAAAACCUAAGGUACGAUGAAAAGCUGUUAAUAAAAGACUCAACGAACUGAGAGUAAUAGCAGAACAAAGUGCUGCUUCACAUUGCUUUUCUCCAGACAGCAGAUUUCCUGAAAAAAUAUGUCUGCUGCCUCCUAAAACACCCGGUAGGGCUGUCUUAUGCCUGCCAGCACUGACAACUAAAAUCAGUAUAUUAUUAGAGCUGUCUGUUCAUGUGCCCGAAUUUAAGUACUGUGCACUUCUGCUACACAGUUUGAUCACUUUUGAAUCACGCUUGAUUCUGACCAUUUGUAGAAGUUAGAAGUUCUACAUGUGGUAAAUACUUAGACAGAAACACCUACUGCUUAUUUCCUUUAUAAUAAAUGAUGGGCCAAGGAAAGCAAAAUGAUGCAAGGCAGGCACCGACAAUAUGCAAAGUCUCCUUUCAGCAGCAAAUAAGCAGGCAGAAGCAAUAAAGAAAAAAUCAUAAAUUUUGAGGGAAACAAGCUCAUUGGAAGAGUGUUAAAUGACUGACUAGGGAGUUAAUUUCUAAAGUGCACCAAACCCACUGGAAUUUUCCCAAUGUUAGCACAUAAAUUGCGUUACCUUGACUGGGAAGCAAACUAAAAGUCAAUUAUGCAGUGGAGAGCCGAGACUGAAGCUGAGAUCGAAUGCUGAAGAGAGAAGUAUUACAACAGUCAGCAGGCACUGGGUAAUCUGGGAAUAGUUUUGUGAGACUGUCUUGCUUUUACACUUGUCAGAAAGAGAAAUCACAAACUCGGCAUACUAAGGCAAGCCAACACACGGCUUCCCGCACUUAGAACCCUCAUUUUGCUAUAUAUUACAUAAAUAUGAAUCUUACUGAAGGAAAGAUCAGCAAAGUAAUUGUGACAUGAAAUCCGAUUAUAAGCUUCCUCUGUCUUCCCAGUUCAGGAUUUUAAGUCUGUAAUGGCUAUAUCUGUAACUUCUACAAUAGAAUUCCAUUAAUAGUAGAGGAGUUUAGCAUUUAACAGAACAGCUGCUUUACUGAUAGCAUGUAAAAAAGGCAAAGGAUUGCCUGAUAAACCCAUUAUAAAGAGCCAGCUAAACCAUUUUUGUUAAGCUAUGCUAAGAAAACUGGCUGGGUUUUUUUCUAUUUAUGACUUUAGAGAUGAAAAAAAAAUUACAUUCAAAUCCCUUCAAAAGCAUUUUUCUAGCAGAUUUAGGCUUUGUUCUGACUCCAAGUUACUUAAAAAUGAGGAAUAUUUCCAAUUAAAACAGUACAUAUGCUAACUUGUAGAAGACUUCUCUCUCCUGGAAGCAAGAAUUGUUGACAAACCAGUACUCACUGCUGGCCCAUGAAAAUACCUAUUUUAAGAAAGGCACUACAAGGAACUAAAUGACAAAAAACCCCUCGCUUUUAUUAAAACUUCUCAAGUUACAAUGAUAAAUGGUGGAUUGUCACUUUUUAUGACCAACAAGUUUGGCUCAGUCACUGAAUUUACCCAGGAAUGCUGUUAGAGGUUUUAAGCGCAGCUGUUUGUGCGGCUGUGUAGCAGUUCCUCGCUGUGCACUUGUCUAACAGCACAUAGUACCGUCACACCUGUGAAAAGCUUCUGCAAGAUUAUGUCUGGUAACUGCUCACACACCACUGCCUUCCACUGCCAAGUAAAAAAAUCAAUUAAUUCACGUAAAGAUACCAAAAGUAAAUAUAAUUCACUCAUUUUGGAUGCACACCCUCCCCCCUAUACCCUCAAGCAGUCAUGCCAUAAAAGAACAUAUUCCUAUUCCAUCCUUAAACUUCUGUACGGCAGUUGAACCCUCUCACAGCAAUAAAUGGGUGUAGGAUUUUUUUUUGUCUACUUGGAUCCUGUAGAUAGCAGAGCAAUCAGUCCAGAGGAGGCACUGAUAGACAGAA